AUGGCUGCUACUAAAGACUACAAGAAGACUGCUAUCUUGUCUGUCUAUGACAAGACUGGCCUACUAGACCUUGCCAUGGGUCUAGUGGAACACAAAGUCCGUUUAUUGGCCUCAGGUGGCACUGCCAGACUCCUUCGAGAAUCAGGUUUCCCUGUCGACGAUGUUUCUACCAUUACUCAUGCCCCAGAAAUGCUAGGUGGCCGUGUUAAGACUCUUCAUCCUGCUGUGCAUGGUGGUAUCUUGGCACGGAAUAUUGCCUCCGAUGAAAAGGAACUGGAAGAACAUCAUAUUGAGAAGGUCGACUAUGUUGUUUGUAACUUGUAUCCAUUCCGAGAGACCGUUGCCAAGAUUAACGUGACAAUUGAUGAGGCUGUUGAGCAGAUCGACAUUGGUGGUGUCACUUUACUCCGUGCUGCUGCCAAGAAUCAUGCACGUGUUACUAUCGUCUCUGAUCCGAACGACUAUCCUAUAUUCCUUGAAGAUUUGAAGAAAUACGGCGAAAUUUCUCAGCAGGUUAGAAAUAAGUUUGCUCUAAAGGCUUUCGAGCAUACCGCAAGUUACGAUGCUACCAUUUCAGAUUUCUUCCGUAAGCGUUACGCUGAAGGUGUUUGUCAAUUGCCUCUUAGAUAUGGUGCCAAUCCAUACCAGAAACCUGCACAGGCCUUUAUGACUGAGGGAAAGUUGCCAUUUACUGUCUUAAAUGGUACUCCUGGUUACAUCAACUUAUUGGAUGCUCUUAAUUCCUGGCCCUUGGUCAAGGAACUCUCUGCUUCUCUCAAUUUGCCUGCGGCUGCGUCUUUCAAGCACGUGUCCCCUGCAGGCGCAGCCGUUGGCCUCCCAUUAACUGACAUUGAAAAGAAGGUUUAUUUUGUUGAUCAUAUUGAGAACUUGUCUCCAUUAGCCAAUGCUUAUGCCAGAGCCCGUGGUGCCGACAGAAUGUCUUCCUUCGGCGAUUUCAUUGCUCUCUCCAACAUUGUCGAUCUUCCAACCGCCACCAUCAUCUCAAAAGAAGUCUCUGACGGUGUUAUUGCUCCAGGCUAUGAACCCAAGGCUCUUGAAAUGUUGAAGAAGAAGAAGAAGGGUAAGUAUUGUAUUCUCCAGAUCGAUCCUAAUUACACGCCGUCUGCUAUGGAGAAAAGACAGGUCUUCGGUGUGAGUCUGGAGCAGAAGCGUAACGAUGCCAUUAUUAACUCGUCAUCCUUCAAAGAGAUUGUUUCCCGUAACACCCAUUUGACUGAGCAGGCUGUAGUCGACUUAACUGUCGCUACUAUCGCCUUGAAAUUUACCCAAUCUAACUCGGUUUGCUACGCCAAAAAUGGUAUGGUUGUUGGCCUUGGUGCAGGUCAACAAUCUCGUAUCCACUGCACGAGGUUGGCUGGUGAUAAGUGCAACAACUUGUGGUUUAGACAGCAUCCUAAGGUGUUGGCCUUCAAGUGGGCCCAUGGUGUCAAGAGACCAGAGAAGGCCAAUGCAAUUGACUUAUACGUUACUGGACAGAUUCCUACCGAAGAACCAGAGAAAUCUGACUACGAAUCCAAGUUUCAGGUCCUUCCUGAGCCUUUGAGCGCUGAAGAACGCAAGGAAUGGCUGUCGAAACUCACCGACGUGGCACUUUCAUCAGACGCUUUCUUCCCAUUCCCAGAUAAUGUUCACCGUGCUGCCAGAUCCGGUGUGAAAUUCAUUGCCGCACCUUCUGGAUCCAUGAACGAUAAGAUAGUUUUCGAGGCUGCCGAUGCUCAUGACAUAGUGUAUGUCGAGAGUCCAAUCAGAUUGUUCCACCACUAA